AUGAUCGACAGUUUAUGGACACGAAUUAAUUCAAUGGCUAUUCUCUGUCGACAUGAGCUGAGGCAGCGUCUGAUGCACGACACCGAUCGGUUCGCAGCAGCCGUUCCGCACACUUCCCGGUCUAGAAGGGAGGGAGAGAUCGAUGGCAUAGAUUACCAUUUCAUUAGUCGACAACAGUUUGAACAAGAUAUCAAAGACUGCCGUUUCGUAGAGCACGGAGAGUACGAACGUAACUAUUACGGCACCUCAUUGUCCGCCAUCGAGACUGUGGUCCAGUCGGGAAAGAUAUGUGUCCUCAAUCUUCACGUCCAUUCCAUACCAUUGCUCAGACAGGGACAGGCGGGCGCUAAACUGAAGCCAUACUUCGUGUUCGUAACGCCUCCGCCACAGAUUGAGAAACUGAAUCGCUUGAUGACAAUGACGGCCAGUAAUCCGCAACAGCAUUACGACACCAACAGUUCCACCGCAACAGACCUCCAGUCCAUUAUAGAUGAGGCGCGCGAUAUUGAGGCCCGAUAUGGACACUACUUCGACAUGAUUUUGUCCAUCACUGACAUCGAGAGAGCUUAUCAGGAGUUACUUCGGGAGAUUAACGCAUUGGAAAGGGAACCCCAAUGGAUACCAUCGGUGUGGUUGAGGUAGUGUUGGUCCCACAACUCCUUAAUGACAAUUAGUAUUAUUAUAAUUAUUAUUGAAAUACAUUUUUGUAUAAAUUCUUAACACAAUGUUUACACAAAUUCUAUAAUUCAUUUGUUAAUACAUUUCUCUAUUUGUUUAAAAAUCAACUCAUCGUCUAAUUUAAGAAAUUCCUAAAUGUAUUGUAUAUUUAAUACAUGAAACGCUAAAAAGAAAUUUAUUUAAAAAUUAAAAAAAGAAUUAUUUUCCAUAA